AUGAGCGGUUUCUUCAAGCAGUUUAUUCGAAAUGUGCGUGCGGCCAAGACGAUCGCCGAUGAGCGAGCUGUCAUUCAGAAGGAGAGCGCUGCCAUUCGCGCCAGCUUUCGAGAAGAGAGCCACGAUCCCAACAUUCGUCGCAAUAAUGUCGCAAAGUUACUCUACCUGUUCACCCUUGGAGAGCGAACCCAUUUUGGACAGAUCGAAUGCUUGAAGCUUCUCGCCUCCCCUCGAUUCGCCGAUAAACGUCUGGGACACCUGGCUACAAGUUUGUUGUUGGAUGAAAAUCAAGAAGUCUUGACAUUGGUUACCAACUCGCUCAAGAACGAUCUCGGACAUUCCAAUCAAUAUGUUGUUGGACUUGCUCUCUGUACACUAGGAAACAUCGCCUCGAUUGAGAUGUCACGAGAUCUCUUCCCCGAAAUCGAGACCCUCAUAGCCACAGCCAACCCAUAUAUUCGAAGAAAGGCGGCUCUGUGUGCAAUGCGCAUAUGUCGAAAGGUUCCAGACUUACAAGAGCACUUCAUUGACAAGGCUACACAGCUUCUGUCCGACAGAAAUCACGGCGUCUUGCUCUGCGGUCUUACUCUGGUGACAAGCCUCUGCGAGGCAGACGAGGAGGAGGGCGGAGAAGAAGGAAUUGUUGAAAAGUUCAGGUCUUUUGUCCCGGGACUUGUUAGAACUCUGAAGGGGCUCGCUACUUCAGGUUACGCACCCGAACACGACGUUACUGGUAUUACCGACCCAUUCCUGCAGGUCAAGAUCCUCCACCUGCUGCGAGUCCUGGCUGUGGGUGAUGCAGAGACCAGCGAGCAGAUCAAUGAUAUCCUUGCUCAGGUUGCUACCAACACCGAAUCAUCCAAGAAUGUCGGGGAAUUCCAUCUUGUACGAAGCUGUGCGCACGAUUCUCGAUAUCGAGGGCCGAUUCGGGGAUUGAGGGUGCUCGGUGUCAAUAUUCUAGGCAAGUUCCUCACCAACCGCGAUAACAACAUCCGAUACGUGGCUCUUAACACCCUGAUCAAGGUUGUGGGCCAUCGAGCCCAAUGCUGUGCAGAGACAUCGAAACACCAUCCUGGAAUGUUUGAGAGACCCUGA